AUGCUCACCGAACUUGGAGAUAGGCAAUUCUCCUUACUAGUGGACGAGGCUCGUGAUUGUUCUGUAAAGGAACAAAUGGCAGUGAUGUUAAGGUUUGUGAAUAAGAGGGGUGAAAUAAUCGAAAGAUUUCUUGCAAUUGAGCAUGUUAGUGACACUUCUUCAAGAUCUUUAAAAGCAGUUUUGGACAUGUUAUUUGCUCGCCAUAAUUUAUCUCUUUCUAGAUUGCGAGGACAAGCAUAUGAUGGAGCAUCCAAAAUGAGGGGAGAGUUUAAUGGGUUGAAAGCACUUAUUCAACGGGAAAAUCCUUUUGCUUUCUAUGUCCAUUGUUUUGCCCAUCAACUGCAGUUGGUGGUUGUUGCUAUUGCAAAACAUAUUCCAGUUGUUGCUGAAUUUUUUACUAACAUCAGUAUGAUUGUUAAUAUUGCUGGUGCUUCUUGCAAAAGAAGAGAUGAAUUAAACAAACAUAGGGAUGCUGAAAUUUUGGAGCAAUUGGAGACUGGUGAGCUUUCUACAGGAAAAGGGCUUAAUCAACCGACUAAUCUUGCAAGACCGGGUGAUACUCGUUGGGGUUCACAUCAUGUCACUUUAGUCCGUUUGUUGUCUAUGUGGGGUUCAGCCUUAUAUAUGCUUGAAAGAGUUUAUGAAGAUGCAAUUGAAAGCGAGCCGAGGGGGAAAGCAAGUGCCUUGAUUAAACUGAUGGAGGAUUUUCACUUUGUAUUUAUUCUGCAUCUGAUGCUUAAGUUAUUGGGUAUAACAAAUAUAUUGUCGCAUGCCUUGCAACAGAAAGAUCAGAAUAUUGUGAAUGCAAUGAACUUGAUUGAAGUUUUAAAAAUAAAGCUACAAAACUUGAGAGACAAUGGAUGGGAUGCUUUGCUACACGAAGUCAACAUGUUUUGUAACAAGCAUAGCAUUGUGGUGCCUGAUAUGGAAGAUCAAUUUCUAAUUCCAGGACGGUACAUCUCUUGCCUUGAUCCGAGAGACUCUUUUUCUAGAUUUGAUCAACACAGUUUGAUUUGCCUUACUGAACUCUAUUCUGAUGAUUUCUAUGCUACUGACUUGUACUUCUUAAGAGAGGAGCUAGAGACAUACAUUUUUGAAGUAAGAAAUAGUUCUGAUUUUACUAGUUGUGAAGAUCUUGCUAUCCUUGCAAUUAAGAUGGUUCAAACUGGUAGACAUUCUACGUUUCCAUUGGUUUAUCGUUUGAUUGAGUUGGCUUUAAUUUUACCGGUGGCUACAGCAUCUGUUGAGAGAGCUUUUUCUGCAAUGAAGCACGUCAAGUCAGAUGUACGGAACAGCAUGGCAGAUGAGUCGUUGAAUGAUUUGAUGAUAUGCUUCGUUGAGAGAGAUAGAUUCCAUCGACAAUGA